AUGAGGCUUCUUGCUAGCAUCUUUGCCAUAAUAACUGCUUAUGAGCAACCAAAAUAUGGAGAUUUUCUCCAAGCACUUGGAGGAAUGAUCACCGAUGCUGAUGUUGCCGAGCUUCGACAAUCACUCCCGUGCGAUGCUAGAAGCGAUUAUGUUUGCCCGUAUUCGGAAAACUUCAAACCAAGAACACAUGAGAUCAAAGAGGGGCUGAAGACAUGCAAAGACGGAUAUCCGCUCGAAACCUCUGGUCGAAUCGUCGGUGGUAUCGAAGCUGAUCACACUCGCUGGCCCUGGUAUGUUCGCCUGAACUUCUUCGCCGGUGAUCAUUUCGCAGGCUACUGUGGUGGCUCUAUCGUGCGUGAGAACUGGGUUUUGACCGCUGCUCACUGCUGUCUUCUGAGGCACAACAAGACUGGUCCACAAGUUGAUUAUGUAGACGCUUACUUCAACGACCCUGACCGAAUCGAGAAUGAUAAUGAAGGGGAGUUUUGGCUCAACGCGUCUAGGACCCACUUUUUCAACCACCAUGACUACACGAACGAAACAGGAGACGGAACUCACCAAGCCGACAUUUGCUUAAUCAAAUUCAAGGAGAAUAUAAUAGCUAAAGGCGAAGGAAAAGCUAAGGAAGUCUGUCUUGCUGACUACUAUCCAGAGCAUGGAGAAGCAUGUUGGGUCGGAGGCUUUGGUGGCUUGGGUAGUGAAGGUCCAGGAUCUAAGAAAUUCAAAAGUGCUGGUGUUUCGAUCAUGUCUCAAGCGUACUGCAACAUGAAAUCAAAUUACACCGGUCGUGUUCCUCCCCAUGAUGUUCGAACAUGGGAUAUUUGCGCAGGUCUUCCGGAUCAAGACUUAGACGGUUGGACCGAUGGAGCUAAAGUCGGUACAGAGUGGGUUGAAGGCCAAAGCCACCAGUUCAAUGAGAACCAGUUCAAGAAUGGAACUGAUGCUUGCCAAGGCGACUCAGGCGGACCACUUAAGAUAAAAAUCGUUUUCGGCUGCUGGCAUUUCCAACCGACGAAACAGCACGAAACACAACAAGCAAACACGAUGAAACCAGCUUUUCGGAACCAGCUUUGA